UCGUAGGAAAAAUGGCAAGACGGCAAAACAUCAGAGGAAAAAUUUUACAGUUCAUGUUGGUGUUGGUGCCACUGGUUGUUUUUGUCACAUUCGUCCUGCAGAAAUACAGCAGUCCAUUCCAAGAUGUCAAAGACGACAUGCGUCGUGCUUUAUUUAAAAGCUCUUCAACAUCCACUCAGACCUCCAAAGGGCCAUCGAAAGCUGGAACAUGUGUGAUGAAGACAGACUGUGCAGCGGAUCACUUCAGCUUCUUCAUCCAGAGCGGAGCCGCUAACGUCGUAGCUCCAAAGAUCUGCUUCCAAAACAAACUGCUUCUUGGAACAAUCAAGAACAACGCUGGACCAGGAAUAAAUAUUGUUAUAGUUAAUGGCAAAACAGGAGAGGUCAUAAAGACGGCUUUCUUCAACAUGUACAACGGCGAUGUGAAACCUCUCAUCGCGCUCCUGAAGGGCGUCGAGACGGGAUCUGUUGUACUGAUGGCGUCCUACGACGACCCUGCAACAAAGUUGAGUGAAGAUGCGAGGAAGCUGAUCACUGAAUUCGGCAGCUCUAAUGUGAAGUCACUGGGGUUCAGAGAUAACUGGGUGUUUGUUGGUGGGAAAGGAGCAGGAGUGAAGAGCAACUUUGAGAAGUACCUGAAGAACGACGGCAAAAAUAAUAAAUACGAGAGCUGGCCAGAGCUCGUCGAACUACAGGGAUGCAUCCCAAAAUAUGUGGAGUGACCCGCUGGUUCAUCCUUGAAAGGAACAUUUUUGAACUUUUAAAACCAACUGCAGGACAUUUAAUGCAGGAGGAACACGACAUGUUUGUGGGAUUGAACUGGGAACGGUUGGUAUUUGCACAGUAAGAAGACGGGACUUUGGUUUGUGAACUGAUCUCUGGAUGAUCUCUGCAUCAUUACAAGUAAAUGCAGAACUCUGCUCUGCUGCUUCUCCCUCAUGUGAUGGUUAUCUCUGAACUGCAGACUGUUCUGUCUCUUACUGUGACAAAAAAAAAUGGGGAAAAGUGACUGAACUGUUUCCCAGAUUACUUUUAUUUUUCUUGAGGUUUGAAGGAUGUUUUGCAUCAAACAGGAUUGCUUUGGAUCAUCUCUACUCUCCUUAAGAAUAACUCUGGGGGGGCUACUGUAAAAUCAGAUAUUACUCGAUAUAGCUGCAGGAAAGGAAAAACACAAAUAAUUUAGAACAGCUGCCAUGUAUUUUUCAUAUCAAUUUUUAAUAUCCUUUGAAAGAAAACAUAUCCUCAUUUAGAAAACUAAAGGACAUUCAGUUAUUUUAUGUCCAUCUGUAGAAAUAUUUCAAUUUCUUGGUGGUUAUAAAUGUUUUACAGUAUUGAUUGGGAAUAGGGCUUCUGUGCACAACUUCCUCUUUUUGUAGUCACAAGAAGUCUUUUGUAUUAAUUUUGUCAUGACAGAAGACUUAAUUUGCACAAAAAAAAGAUUUAAAAUGAAUGAAACAAUCAGUUAGAUAUUCCCUUGAGUGCACAAUAACAAAAUCAUGAUUCAUGAAAAAAAGAGCUGUAAUGUAAAAAUUCCCUGGAUUCAAUACAAAAAAAUAUUUAAAACGAAUAAAUAACAUGUUUUUGCAUUUGCAAUCUCUAAAGAUCACAUGAUUAAUCACAUGUAAGCUCAAUGCAAGAAUAGCCAGUCAGAAUAAAUGAUUUACCCAAGUGUGACAAAUUACCUAGUUUUAUAAUUUUUAUAAUACUUUAUUUUUAAUGUGUCAAGUUAUUUUCAGUAGCAAUUAACAUAUACUGUACAUCUGAAAAGAGAAAAAUCCAAAUUCUAUACAAAUAUUAUUCAUGACAAAAUAUAUCAAUACAUCUCAGAAGGUUUGUGAGUUUAAAAGUGACUACAAGCAUUUUUUAACUAGUUGAAACAGGGAAACAGUCUGUAGUCUAUGACCUACAGAAGAAAACACUAUCACUGGUAAGACUGGCUAUGCUUGUUCUGCCGGUUUUUAAUGACAUACAAAUUUCUUUCAUCCAUAACUCUGUGUGGUGACAACUCAAUCAGACUUCUAACAAAACCAACACGGUUGAUCUCUGUUCCUCCUACAGCUGCCUUUUUUUUGUUUCUGACUCAGAGAAACGAAGAACAAAGAAGGCAGCACCACAUGCCCUCCAUACCGGAGAUUCAUGUCCUUGUUGUAGUUGUUUGUUUCUUCAUACUCACACAAACCGUGAGAGGCAUGUGUAAAAAAAGAAAUCUGGUGAACUGUU